AAAAGAACAGACCAGAAGUGUAUCAUAGCGGAGUUAAAAGAUAGUCAUGAUGACUAGCUGUUUGAAAAGAUAAACAGCUGUUUAAAAAACAAUUAACUUAUCUCAGCAAGAAGAUAGGUUGGCCUUAUCUAAAACAACUAGAGUUGUCUUUCUAAACGCCAUUAUUUUUGCAUUACAUUAAAGUGCAUUCAGCAAGACACAGUUGCAUAAUUCAUAUUGAAUAAUUCUUUAAUAUUAAACGAUAGGAAGAUAGUAUAGAUUUCUUCCUUUAUCAAUCAUGUCAGAAAAAGAAAAUAUUUUUUAUGAAGGUAAUUUGACAUCAGAAUGGAAAGAUUUAUCAUUGGGACAAUUAUUAUUAAAACAAUUAGCACUGCAUGGUACUUCUGUGGCACAAAUAAAUGCUCAUACAGGCAAGGAACAAACAUUUGAAUACAUCUUAAACACCAGUCGUAAGUUGGCAAUUUUCCUUCAGAGAGAAGGAAUAAGAGCAAAUGAUGUCAUUGCCAUAUGCAGUGAAAAUAAUGUGGAAUUUGGUAUUGUUAUAUGUGCUAUACUCUAUUUGGGUGCUACAGUCUAUCCAUUAAACCCACUGUAUUCAGAAAGAGAAUUCAAACAUGCAUUUGCCAUUUCCAAGCCCAAGUAUAUAUUUAUUUCUGCAAUAGCAUACAGCAAUAUAAAAAAUAUAAUUAACAAUUUAUACUGGUCACCAAAGAUAUUAAUGUUAACUGAACAUCACAAUACUAGUAUAACACAGUUGAAUUUGAGCAGAGCGAUAUCAAGUAUAUCUGAUGAUGAUAUGAAUGCAUUUAGAGCUGCUUUGAUUGAUGUGAAUAAUCAUAUUGCAGCAAUUUUAUGCUCAAGUGGAACUACAGGACUACCCAAGGGUGUCAUGUUAACAGACAAAAAUUUUAUUACAGUUAUAAAAAAUGUGAUAGAGUUACAGCUUUAUAAGCAAAAAUUUACGGCUCUAGCAUUACUACCAUUUUUCCAUGCAUAUUCCUUCACUGUAAUGCUUCUCAGAUUCAUAUCUGGAACCAUGAGUGUAAUUCUUUCACGCUUUGAAGAGGAAUUAUUUCUACAAUGUAUAGAGAAAUAUAGAAUCGAAAAUCUGACAUUGGUGCCGCCGCUUAUGGUGUUCCUGGCAAAACACCCACUCGUAGAUAAAUAUGAUUUAUCAUCUAUCAAGGCAAUAGUGUGCGGAGCAGCCCCUUUGUCAACGGAAAUUCACAUGGCUGUGACCAAGCGAUUGAAUAUUCCUGAAAUUAGAGAGGGUUACGGAUUAACAGAGACUACUCUAGGUGUGCUGUUUUCGACAGGUGAUAAGGAAAAACCAGGUAGUUUUAUGUUAGCUCCAGCCACGUCAGCAAAAAUUAUACCACUGGGAGAAUUUGGGACAGAUAAGACUUUAGGGCCAAAUUGUAGAGGGGAAUUAUGUCUCAAGGGAGAUCUAAUAAUGAAAGGCUAUUAUAACGACGAAGAGUCUACUAGAAGGACAAUUGAUAAAGAUGGUUGGUUGCAUACAGGAGAUGUAGGAUACUAUGAUGAAGAGGGGUACUUUUACAUCGUUGAUCGUAUAAAGGAACUUAUCAAAUAUAAGGGCUAUCAAGUUCCACCAGCUGAGCUUGAAGAAGUCUUGUUAACGUGUCCUAACGUGAAAGAUGCAGCUGUAAUUGGCGUACCUGAUGAAAAGGCCGGAGAAUUGCCAAUGGCUUUCAUUGUAAAGCAAGAUAAUUCCAAUAUAUGCGAGAGAGAUAUAGUCCAGUAUGUUAACGAGCGCGUGUCAAAUCCUAAACGACUUAGAGGUGGUGUAAAAUUUGUAAGUAGCAUACCAAAGACCGCGUCUGGUAAAAUACUACGCCGACUAUUGCGUGAUUCUUUACGAUCAAAAUUGUAAACGUGCCAAAUAUCUACUUUUUAUAUGAUAUUCAUAUAUAUGUAUACACAAAUGUAUAUUUAUAUGUCACAUAUUAUGUUCUUUUCAACGAUUAUAUUUCCCGAUAAUAAAAUUUAUGAUUAUCAUGAUAUAUUAAAUACAAUAUAAUGAUUUACUGAGAUUAUUGGCAAAGAUCUCUAUGUCUAUGUCAUGUAAUGUAUAAUAGUAAAUUCUGUACAAGAUGUCUGAUAAAAAAUGUUUAAUAAACGUUUUUUAUGUUUAAAAA